AAUGCUGCAGAUAAAAACUGUUGCUCUGUGACUUGUGGUGUUGAACUUGUGCCUCCGUUGGAAGAAGACAGAAAACCUGCAGAGAUGGGCUUCUCCCUCUUUUUCUCCGCUGAGACAUGGACCCUUCUGGUGGCUCUCGUCACGCUGCUCUUUGUGUAUGUCUGCUGGAAUUUUGGAAUAUUUAAGAAAUUGGGCGUCCCGGGUCCCAAACCAAUCCCUUUCUUCGGCACUAUGCUGGCAUAUAGAAAGGGAUUCACCAACUUUGACGAAGAUUGCUCAAAGAAAUAUGGGAAAGUAUGGGGCAUUUUUGAUGGCCGUCAGCCGGUGCUGUGCAUCACUGAACCUGCCAUGAUCAAAACCAUUCUGGUAAAGGAGUGUUACUCUCUCUUCACCAAUCGCAGAAACUUCCGUCUGAACGGGCAACUGUACGAUGCUUUGUCCAGCGCUGAGGAUGACCAGUGGAAGAGGAUCCGAAGUAUCCUCUCGCCCUCCUUCACCUCAGGAAGACUGAAAGAGAUGUUUGACAUCAUGAAGCACCACUCCGCUAACCUGACCAGCAGCAUGAAAAAAAAGGCGGACAAGGGGGAGCCCCUAGAGCUUAAAGAGUUCUUUGGACCCUACAGCAUGGAUGUAGUAACCAGCACAGCCUUCAGUGUUGACAUUGACUCAUUGAACAACCCCUCAGACCCAUUUGUCGCGAACAUUAAGAAGAUCAAGUUUGACUUUUCAAGCCCAACCUUCCUAAUUGUUGCGUUCUUCCCUUUUCUGGCUCCAAUUAUGGAGAUGAUGGAGUUUUCCUUUUUCCCUAAAUCUGUCACAGACUUUUUUUACGCUGCACUGCAGAAGAUCAAGUCCAACCGUGUGCACAGCGAGCAAAAGAGUCGAGUGGACUUCCUUCAGUUGAUGAUUGACUCCCAGAAAAACAUUGACCUCAGUAAAGAGGAAUCACAUAAAGGUUUAAGUGAUCACGAGAUCCUUUCCCAAGCAAUGAUUUUCCUCUUUGCUGGCUAUGAAACAAGCAGCAGCUCUCUUACUUUCUUGGCUUACAAUCUGGCCACAAACCCUGACAUCAUGAAACGGCUGCAAGAGGAGGUCGACUCCACGUUCCCGAACAAGGGUCCUGUUGAGUACCAGGCUCUGAUAGAGAUGGAGUAUCUGGACAGCGUCAUCAACGAGUCUCUCCGGUUGUACCCCAUUGCCCCACGUUUGGAGCGUGUGGCCAAGGCAACUAAGGAGAUAAACGGCAUUGUGAUUCCAAAAGGAAUGGUUGUCAUGGUUCCCACAUGGCCGCUGCACCGGGAUCCGAGUCUGUGGCCCGAGCCCGAAGCGUUUAAACCUGAGAGGUUCAGCAAAGAAAACAAGGACACUAUUGACCCCUACACGUACAUGCCUUUCGGAGCAGGACCGAGGAACUGCAUUGGGAUGCGAUUUGCUCUGGUGAUGAUGAAACUAGCAAUGGUGGAGAUCCUGCAGAGGUUCAGCUUCUCUGUGUGUAAGGAGACUGAGAUCCCCUUUGAGAUGGACAUCCAAGGCCUUCUGAUGCCAAAGCGACCACUUAAACUUAAGCUGGUGUCACGUUGAAUCCUCAAACUAAUCAAAAAGAACAAGAUACAUGAUUUUAACCAUGAUUUCCAUUUGUAUC